AUGCACAACUGGAAUUCUAGAUCGAGUUUUUGGAAUCAAGUGGAGAGGCAAGGCGACUCCUGGAACUGGAAGUGUAUCCUUCGACUUAGGGGCCUGGCUAAGAAUUUUAUCAAUUGUAGAAUUGGAGAUGGUAGGAAAGCAAGCUUCUGGUUUGAUAGCUGGACUUCUUUUGGUCCCCUUAUCAAAUACAUAGGACCGGAAGGACCUAGAAGCCUCCGUGUUAACCUUAAUGCCAAGGUCUCAGAGGUUUGCAAUCCAAAUGGUUGGACUCUCGCUGCUCCAAGAACCGAUUUGAGCGUCAAUUUGCAGGUUUAUUUGAGCUCUCAGAAUCUCCCGUCUGCCUCACUAGAAUCUGAUAUCUAUGAAUGGGUUGUGGCGGAUCACAUCUGUGAAGGUUUCUCAGCUGCUAAGACUUGGUCAGCCCUAAGGCCGAGAGAGAAUAAGGUCGACUGGUAUGACUCCAUUUGGUUCAAAGGAGCUAUCCCUAGGAAUGCACUAACCAUGUGGGCUGCAAAUUUGAAUAGGCUUCCCACUAAAGGCAGACUUUGUAGAUGGGGAAUGAACAUUGACCCGAUUUGUGAUCUUUGCUCUGUGGAUCAUGAAACCAAGGAUCACCUAUUCCUUUUCUGUGAUUAUGCACUCUUUAUAUGGCACUCGGUGUCCCGGAGAUUACAUCUACCCCAGCUAAGGUUCCCUUCUUGGUCUCAUUUGAUAUCUUGGACUAAGGAGAGAAACUCUGAAUCUCCAACUACUCUUCGCAAGCUAGUUGUCCAAGCAGUCAUCUACGCCCUCUGGAAGCAGCGGAAUAACUUGUUACAUAACCAAGUUGACAACCUCCCAUCGAUAAUCUUUAAAGGUAUUGACCGUGAGGUGAAGAAUUCCAUCACAGCCCGCCGGCUGAGAAAACGUUUCAGAAAGCUAAUGAGUUUCUGGUUAUCCUGA